AUGGAAGUUUUUAAUAAAUUAUACUCGCAAGUGAGUAGUUCUGUGAGUAGUACGGUGUCCCAGCUCUCGGGGGUGCUGCCGGGGAACCCCGUCACGCGUGAAUUUGACGCCUCCACCCACAUUGCGUCCGCAGGGCCAGGCCUGGUGUGGAAAAUCUACAAGGGGUGCAAGCGUAGCACCAAGCAGGAGGCCUCAAUUUUCGUUUUUGAGAAGCGCCAAUUGGAGAAAUGGGGCAAAGCAGACCGGGAGAUGAUUCUCGAGAGUCUCAAACGGGGCGUCAGCCAGCUCACCAAAAUCAGGCACCCGCAGGUGCUGACUGUGCAACACCCGUUGGAGGAGAGCCGCGAGAGUUUGGCGUUUGCGACCGAGCCGGUUUUCGCAAGUCUGGCCAAUGUUUUGGGGAAAACCACAAACAUGCCACAACCGGCGAACAUGUCCGACUACAAAUUGUACGACAUUGAGAUCAAGUACGGGUUGUUGCAAGUCAGCGAAGGGCUGGCGUUUUUGCACAACGAUGUCAAGUUGUUGCACCGAAAUAUCGCCCCGGAGAGCAUUAUUAUUAACAAUCAAGGGGUUUGGAAAAUUUUCGGGUUUGAUUUUUGUGUGCAUAACACGAAUCCGGCGAAUCUGCCACCGGUGUACCCCUGUGAGGGGUUCGGGCCGACUUUGCCCGACAUUUGUCGGAGCAAUCUCGAGUAUUUGGCCCCCGAGUGUGUCCUAAAUCAGACGAAUUCGCCCGCUAGUGACAUGUUUUCAGUCGGUGUUUUGGCCUAUGUUUUGAAUUCGACCGGGAAUCAGGCGCUGGCCCCCGUUAGGGACUUGCAGCAGUUUAGGGCAAGGGCGCAACAAUUGAAGAAUUUAAAUGCAGGGAAGUUGCAGUGCAUUCCAGAGGCGAUACGAGACUACGUCAAGUUGUUACUAAGUGUGGCACCGGAGGCUAGGCCCGAUGCGCAUCAGUUCAUUAAAAUACCUUAUUUUGACGACGUUGGCAUCAAAACCCUGACCUACUUGGACUCGCUCCUCCAAUGGGACAAUUUGCAAAAAUCGCAGUUUUACAAAGGGCUGCCUGAGGCGCUCCCGAAGUUGCCUCAAAGAGUCAAAGUCCAACGAGUUUUAACCUGUUUGUCACGUGACUUGGCACAGCCAGCUAUGGUCCCAUUUAUCUUGCCCAGUAUUUUGGACAUAGCCCAGGACUGUACUAAGGAGGAGUAUUGUUUGUACGUCCUCCCCCACCUCAAACCGGUCAUGAAACUGAUGGAACCAAUCCAGAUUUUGCUAAUAAUGUUACAACGUAUGGAGUUGUUGCUUAAAUUAACACCACCGGAAGAUGUACAACAACAUGUCCUUCCAAUGUUGUAUCGUGGCCUUGACUCGGAUAUACCCCAAGUCCACGAACUUUGUCUCUCGAUUCUCCCCACGUUUGCCAACCUUUUGGACCACUCCAGUGUGAAAAAUAGUCUUUUGCCGAGGAUUAAACGCCUUUGUUUGUCCACUUCGAGUCUUUCGGUGCGAGUCAAUUGUUUGUUGUGUGUGGGGCGACUUUUGGAACACCUGGACAAGUGGCUGGUUCUUGACGAAAUCCUCCCGUUUCUCCCCCAAAUCCCGUCACGGGAACCGGCAGUUUUGAUGGGGAUUUUAGGGAUUUACAAACUGGCAAUGAACCAUAAAAAAUUAGGGAUAAGUAAAGAAGUGAUGGCGACUCGAAUUCUCCCCUUCCUCAUGCCCUUAUGCAUCGAAAAUGGACUCACUCUAACCCAAUUUAACGCCCUGGUGACCCUUGUCAAAGAAAUGUUCCAAUUGGUGGAAACCGAACAUCGGUCAAAACUCGAACAGUUGAACACAGUCAAAGACGAGCAAAAAGUUUUAACAGCCACAAUGCCCACAUUCCAACCAACCACAAAACCGCCCGAGCUAGAUCAAGCAUUCUCUGGUCUAGGCUUGGAUUCUUUUGUUUCCGUGCCUGAGAAACCAAAUGUUACGCCACCACCGGAAAAUUUCAAACCGUUCCAAAACCAGGCGGCUUUGGAACCCGUCAAACGGGUGACCACGCCCCCUAAGGACCUGACCUCGUCGCUGUUCGCCGAUUGGUCCAAUGCCAAUGCGACGAGUGGAGGGGGAAAUAAAUGGGCGGCUCCGCAACCACAACUUAAUUUCAAUUCGCCGACGAGUUCGUGGGGCGUGGCUAGAGCCAGUCAGCCAAAUUGGGGCGUUCUGGAUAACCUACUCCCGACUGGCCCAAGUGGCAACACCCCCAAUAAAAUACCAAUGAAUCAAAUGGGGGCGCGACAGCCGCUGAUUCCGACCAUGGGGGCCCCCAGCCCCAAUAACAACACACUAUCAAAGGACGAAAUAAUGGAUUUGUUGAGUUAAUUUAUUCCUAAUCAUAAAUAAACAUAUAGGUGUCA